UUUUUUAUACGGCUAUCACAAAAUAGCCAUUCGCUGUUCACCAAGUUUAGAACAUGCGCAGCUAGUCAUGGUUUUCUUAUCGGAUAAGAGUUCAUUACUCAAUCAUUUUUCGUUACCAGAGUGAAAAGCUGGUUUUAUGUAACGAAAAACAUGGCUUUGGGUAGAAAAAAGGUGAUUUUGUGUAAAGGCCAAAAUGAUAAAGACCAAACGCAAAAAACGUAUACAGAAGUUUUGGAAUCAGCUGGUUACACGUGCGAACAUCUACCUGCUUUGCGAUUUGAAUUUAUGAACCUUCAAGAGCUUUUAACGUGUUUAUUAACAUCACAAUCAUAUUCGGGUAUUAUUUUUACAAGUACUCGGGCAGUAGAGGCAGUCAAUUUGGCAAUAAAAGAAUCUAAAAAUGUGAAUAUUAUUAAUUUGUGGAAAUCUUUGCCUGCUUAUUGUGUUGGACCAGCUACAAGAACUGCAGCAAAUAAUUCUCUGGGUUUGGAAAAUUGCCCUGGAGCUGAAUCUGGUAAUGCUGAGCAACUUGGAAAGCAGAUUCUAAAUGAUCAGUGUCAAGAGAGUGCUCCACUGUUGUAUCCAUGUAGUGAAAUUGCACGAGAUACUCUUUCUAAGAUUCUUACUACUGGUGGAGUUAAAAUGAAAAAAUUGGUUGUAUAUAGAACAUUGCCUAGUAAGACUUUAGAGGAGGAUAUUCUUAAAACCAUUAAUCCGCUGCCACAUGCUUUUGUUUUCUUCAGUCCUUCGAUAGUGAAGUACACAUUAAGUCUUUUAAAAAAUCAUGGUAUUUUAGAAAAAACAAAGGCGGUAGCUAUUGGAUCAGUGACAGGACAUGUUUUAAAAGAAGCUAAUGUGAAAGUUUAUGCUAUUGCAGGUAAACCUGACCCAAUUAGUUUGGUGCAAGCCAUAAAGGCAGCUGAUAAUAAUGAAUCUAAUAGAACAAAUAUGGAAUAACUAGAUUUUUAAGUUUUUUGAUUACACUUUUGAGUUGUACCACAUUUUUUGAAUAUGUAAACAAUCUUGCAUAUUACAGGUCAAACGUUUUGCCGUAUGAUUUAUACUUCAUAAACCGUAUUUUCAAAUAAAUUAAUAACAAUGUGACAGUAGGUAUUGAAGAAGGAAUGCAACAAUUAGUGAAAUCAUCAAUUUAUGACAUAUAUUUAUCGUUUAUAAACGCGGUAUCUAGAGACUAUAAUAAUAUCAAUAAAUAAUGACUUUAAUACGUUUUCAAACAAUAAUCUUGCUUUGUCAAAACAUUUGUUAGUUCACAUUGAUACAAUUAUAUAAUACUAUAUAUAGUUAACAACGUGAUUAUAAUUAUUUCCAAGUACUUUGAAAUUACAUACAGUGCAAUUAAAAGGUAUCUUCAAAGUACCUUAUAACGAUUUCACACGUUACUAAAUUUGUUAACUCUUUAAUAAAUGAAAAUCAGUCACUCAAGUA